ACUACGGAGGUCCACUUGUGUAUUGUCAAUACGACUCUUUUCCACUGUUGGGAACUGCAUAACAAGAGUGUUGUCCUUCAUGUUAAACGACUUCACAUACUUGCUUCCAUACUCCAACACAAGCAAGCGUUCCUCAGGAUAGUGGAUGGCUGCAACUGACCGUGGAUCUGUGGCUCUCUCAUCUCGUUGAGCCUUGCUUCAUUGACCAACCGCAACGCCCAGUCCGAUCACCAUGGCAACUGAACAGCCUCAGGCCCUGCCUCCAGCAGCCAUUGGUCAAGAUCGUCACUUUAAUACCAAUUCCAAUCAGCAAUGAGCAUAGUCGAGGGCAACGCAAGACACCUGUCAGCUUUGUUGUUGUACUCGUCAGUGAUCUGGGUUACCCUGUUGGUUCACCAGGGAGUAGCAUCUGGGCUUAUACACCAGACACCUGUCAGCCGGUUUGGUGAGCAACAUGAGCCAAUGUCUGGCAUGCAUCAUAACAUGGCCAUGGAAGAUGGGGGAGGGGUGACAGCUCAUGGAAAGGCAGGAACGGUCUGGAACCCUGUAGCCGCCAUGCAACUUCAUGGCACCAUUCCUAAGGUUUGGGGAGCAUGGAGCCAGCUGGUCAUGUGACAUGAGGACACCUCUCCUUCCAUUCCUUAUAGAGGGCGCUUUUCGUCACAGCCGCAGCAUCCACAAGACAUAGUUAAGUUAAUUACUUUUCUUAGAUGAGCAGCCAUAGAGGGCGCCAUCAUGCUUUUCUGUUUUUUUUCAUUGACAUAUAAACGCAUAGACCGCCAGUCAGUCGCUUGAAACUGUGAUUUGGUUAAGUCGUUUGUUGACAGCGUGCAUAACUACGUGGUGCUGGUUUAAUGUGCCAAAACGCUUAGUACGGUACAUACAUUAAAAUACAAUUGAUAAAUUAUUUUGGUAAGGGCUGUAUUUCUCAAAAGUUGUAUGAAAAUGUUGAGUACCAUAUUGUUUUUUAUCUACAGAAAUCGUAUUUAGUUCACAAUGGAUUUGUUUACAAUCAAAAACUAACUUCAUAAUUGUUUGUUACAUGUUUGACUGGAAUUCUUCAAUAAUGUGUUAAAAGGCUAUAUACCGAGAGCGAAUUUGCCCAUAUAGUUUGAUUUUAGUCGGGUGCUUGGUAAAUCACGAAAUGCUCAUGUAGUUCUGAAUAGGAUCUAGUGGUCUAUGCAUUUAUUUGUCUGUGGGUUUGUUGCCUUACUUGAAAAAAAAAAUUGUUGGUGGUAUAAUUACA